AUGAAGAAAGAAUGGUACAUGGAUCUGCUGAGCGGCUCGCCGAUUCUUUCACAUGCUUCAACUUCAACAUCGGCACUAUUCACAGCCUCGCCUCCCCUCGCCUUGCCUCGCCUCGCCCAAGCACCACUCGCGCUCACAUUCCUGCGCGCAACAACUCAGCGACACCAACCUCACGCCUCACGCACACCCGCGCACCUGCAUUUGUCGACGCGCACACGGACCGUCGCCGACACUUGCGGCCACGACACUAAUCUGAUCGCAGCAACAGCACUACCGCACCUCACACCGACCGCCUGCCGCGCACCGUCAACUCGUUCUUUGGACACCACGCGCACGCCCACUCCCACGCCCACCCUUCACCCUCACAUCCGCAGCAUAGCGUCUACCGAGAACCAUCCGCGCCACGCGCGCAUACCAACUCUAGUCCUCACCAGCAACCCAAGCGAAGCCGCACGCCUUCGCGCUCAGAGGCCUCACAUAUGUCCGAUUCGGCGCAGAGAGCACCAAGCUCCGCUGCCGCCGCAACUCCCACCCGAAGGGAUGUACAAUCUCAGCAUUACAGCGCCCCAACCGCCUAGCCCACCAUUAGGCGCGCAACCUGCACCUCCACCGCCAGAUGGGUCUGAAGGGCCAGUCUCGGAGGCCACUGCCUCGACCGAUGUCCGAUCAACCAUGCCACCGCGAAAGAUUAAAGUCCGUGACCUAGAGCACAUCCAGAGCUUCGCCACAGACAACAUGGGCAGCUUCUCCGAGAUUCGAAGCAGGAGCCGAUCACGAUCACGAGGAACAGAAGACGAUGGCCCGCAGUAUGAGAUUAGCGACAUGAAGGUCGAGCACAUUAUUGAAAUGGUUGCCGGCCUCCUUACGAAGAUUACGACUACAAACGACCGGCAGCAUGAGCAUUUACACCGCCAGCCGCCCAACAUUGAUGCUGCAUCACACCUGAAUCCACAAACAAGCAGCGUUCUUGCAUUUCACGGCAAGAAUGUGCCCAGCAUCACUAUCCUCAGCUACCUGAGCAGAAUCAACAAGUACUGCCCAACAAGCUAUGAGGUGUUUCUGAGCCUCUUGGUCUACUUUGACAGAAUGACGGAAAGAGUGAAUGCAGGACCGAUGCAAACCUUGCGAGAGCUGAAUCAGAACGCAGUGCAUGAAAAUGCAGGAAACUCCUCUACCGAGUCACUCGGGUCGGAUGGCAUGGAAGGCGUAACAGCCACCACGCCUUCAGGUACGCAACAAGCGACUCCUCCACACUCUGGAGGUAAUGAGAAAGCAUCGGGCGAACGAGGAAUUCCAGGGACACCACACAGCAGGCCCAAUCAGCCGGAGUCGCCCUCGAUAUCACCCACGAUCGACCCCUACAAUCUCAGCCACUUUUUCGUGGUUGACAGUUUUAAUAUCCACCGACUGGUCAUUGCCGGUGUUACUUGCGCCAGCAAAUUCUUUUCGGACAUUUUCUACACGAACUCGAGAUAUGCGAAGGUGAGUGCGAAAUUACCUUCCCCCUGUCUUCACGAAGUGCUGUCGCAUUGCAUCCCACGUCUCAAUGCCUCACAUCCCACCAUGAAUCGUAUCUCAUUACAUCACACUCCUCCACAGUCUUCAGAAUCUGACACAGGACGCACUAUCCGGCACAAACCCGUUGGCGGACUACCACUUCCGGAACUGAAUCAUCUCGAACUUCAAUUCUUGCUUUUGAACGAUUUCCGAUUAUCGAUCCCGGUCGAGGAGAUCGAGGCUUACGGAACCAUGUUGGUGGAAUUCUAUGCACGAGAAGUUGUGGCGCAGCAGAAGGCUGCUGACGCUGCGAGGGAGCAACAGAUGAUGCAGGCGAGGAGUCUGAGCGAGAGCUCGAAUGAGAGCACGGCGACUGUGAGAGCUGUAGGAGAAAUGUCGGUCUCAAUGUCGAUGCCGAAUCCUGGACUCAAUCGACGGAGAGACUUGACCGACGAAUGGGAUGACGGACGAAUACAACCACCCUUUGAACUUCGAUUCUGCGACCUUUUUAGAACGACGGACGGACGGACGAAGACAUUUGCGAUAGAGAUACACCGCACCCCAAUAAUCAACAAACCACACUGA